UCUUGCCAUUACAUGUUGAAAUUUUUGUUAAACUGCCUUUGUUCCUGUUUCAGGAAAAUCCCAUAAGCACUUCUAGGGGCUAAUGAAAAUAAAUGUUAAUUGUUCCAGAGGAACUUUGGCCUUGAUGGAUCCAGGCUAUCCAAACCUGCUGCAUUGUGUAUGCCCAACAUUACUGCUGGCUCCUUUCACACCCUCCUGCAAUGGCAUUGAGAUAGCAAGCCCCAAGCUGCUUUGCAAUCAUUUCAAUUGACAUCUGACUUUUUCCUGCUACAGAAAAUGCACACAUAUUAAAUAUGUUUGCAUUUGCAACAUUAUUUUUGACAAUUCCAUAUAACAGCAGAUAUUUCCAUAUAAUAGCACACCAAUUAAAAAUGUGUGUUUCCUCUUUAUCCUAAGGUAUUUUUUAGAGUAUGUGGUCACUUUAGUCAUAUCAGUUGUAGAUUACCCCUUGUAUUUUUUGUGCAUUCUUCAGUUUAUUGAAAUGUAAUGCUUGUUCCUUCACUGUGAUACAGUGGUUCUCAUGGAGGUUUAAAAAACCACUUCAGUUGUGCUCUCAGGAGUUGUUUGUUUAUAGGUUGCACUGAGUGGCUCAAGGAGAGGAAGUUACAGCAGAGCCAUGGGUCCUUGUCCUGCCCAGGAGCGACACCUAACUGCCCCUAGCACGCCAAGCCCAGGUGCCAGGAGAAAGGGGCUGGAGGCCAGGGGGAGGGCCAUUUUCUGUCUGGACAACCUGAGGACGUGAACAUAGAAGAUGUGUGAGGAAGAGGACAGCACCGCCCUUGUUUGUGACAAUGGGUCAGGGCUCUGUAAAGCUGGCUUUGCUGGGGACGAUGCUCCGAGAGCAGUUUUCCCCUCCAUUGUGGGUCGUCCCAGGCACCAGGGUGUGAUGGUUGGUAUGGGUCAAAAAGACAGCUACGUAGGUGACGAGGCUCAAAGCAAGAGAGGAAUCCUGACCUUGAAAUACCCCAUAGAACAUGGCAUCAUUACAAACUGGGAUGACAUGGAAAAGAUCUGGCAUCACUCUUUCUAUAAUGAGCUCCGUGUUGCACCUGAAGAACACCCGACUCUGUUGACUGAAGCACCACUAAAUCCCAAAGCCAAUCGAGAGAAAAUGACUCAGAUUAUGUUUGAGACUUUCAAUGUACCAGCCAUGUACGUAGCUAUUCAAGCCGUUCUGUCACUCUAUGCUUCUGGACGUACCACAGGGAUUGUGCUUGACUCUGGGGAUGGUGUCACCCACAAUGUGCCAAUUUAUGAAGGCUAUGCCUUGCCACACGCCAUCAUGCGUCUGGACCUCGCUGGCCGUGAUCUGACAGACUACCUCAUGAAAAUCUUGACAGAACGGGGCUACUCCUUUGUGACCACUGCGGAGCGUGAAAUUGUCCGUGACAUCAAGGAGAAGCUGUGUUAUGUGGCCCUGGACUUUGAAAAUGAGAUGGCCACUGCUGCCUCUUCCUCCUCUCUGGAAAAAAGCUAUGAGCUUCCUGAUGGUCAGGUGAUCACUAUUGGAAAUGAACGCUUCCGCUGCCCAGAGACCCUCUUCCAGCCAUCUUUCAUUGGCAUGGAGUCUGCUGGCAUUCAUGAAACCACUUACAAUAGCAUCAUGAAGUGCGAUAUAGACAUCAGAAAGGAUCUUUACGCCAACAACGUGCUGUCUGGAGGCACUACAAUGUACCCAGGUAUUGCAGACAGGAUGCAGAAGGAAAUAACUGCUCUGGCGCCCAGCACCAUGAAGAUCAAGAUCAUUGCUCCUCCUGAACGUAAGUACUCCGUCUGGAUUGGAGGCUCUAUUCUUGCCUCCCUAUCUACCUUCCAGCAGAUGUGGAUCAGCAAACAGGAAUAUGAUGAAGCUGGCCCAUCCAUUGUUCACCGCAAAUGCUUUUAAAUUGCUUUAUAUGUCUCCUUAGUGUAUUACUGUGAAUGUAUUGUGGAAAAUACAUUCUUAUUAUUUCAUUCCAUAAAUCCUUCAUCAUAAUUACUUUAAUUAAUUGGAUACUAUGUGUUUUAUUGGAAUAAAUUUUAAAUAUGCUAUGAAAUUGCUGCUCCUAUUUGAACCCCGCCCCUCCCCCAGGCAUUUGUUGAGAUACCUUUACAGCUGGUUUGCAGCUCUAUCUUGUGGCAUGAAUUUGUUACUACACUAUACUGGGCUUAAUAGAAAAAGUGGUACCUUUUGCUCAGUGAUACCAAAGCUAGCAAAUGCUCAGCUAUCUGGCUGCACGUUGUCAAAGUUUAGCUUCAGUAAACAUUUUAGUCUGCAAACAGUUCUGGGCAGUACCAAAGGAGCAUAGCAUCUGUUCAAUAGCAGCAUGAGCAUGGGCCGCUCUACUUUGCAUCUGCUCUAUCCAAAAUAUUUAUUAUCUGUCCACACCACUUCUUAAUUCACAGCUAUCAUGUUGAAAAAGCGGUUUGUUUUUUUUUUUUAUAUAUAGUGUGUGGCCCAGAGGUGUAUAACAUGUAUGACAACUCUGUGUGUUUUCUUAAAAAAAUGAAACAUGUUCCUUUGGGAACAUAUGUAAACACUAAUAUUAGAUUGAACACAUGACUUCCUAUCAUAUGCCCUCAGGAUGAGUGCAGCCUAUUAUUUCUGUCUUGCGAUUUCUGGCAAAGUCUAAAGGGUAAUUAAGCUGGCUUAAUACACUUUCUCUUCAGAACUUUUUUUUUGAGGAGGGGGGAGGCAGGUAAUGUAAUCAAAGUAGUUAAAAUAAUUUAUACAACUGAUAUUCAAUAGAAGUAUAUGCAUAGAAGCUGAAGCCAGUAUUACUGUCUUAGAAGUAUAUAUAUAAAUGAAGAAUUCACUGACGCAGACCUGGAAAAGGUCAGUUCUAAGGAACUUGUGGCAAUCUGUGUUCAUUAGAGUUCAGGAGAAAGGAUACUAUUUAUUUUUGUUACCUAGUUUCCUGUCUAAACUCAGUAGUUUACCUCACGUGCUUGUUAAUUGUUAUUUUUAAAAACUGUAAGCUGUUUGCAUCAGCACCAGUUAUUUACCAUGUUUGCAUAACCCGUGGGUUCCAGACCUUGUCCAGCUUCUGACUGCUAGCACAUGUUUCAAACUUCAUUGUACUAACCAUAUUAUUUAAAGCACAGGUCAUCUAGGUUCUUGGAAGAGAUACUAAAUAAACUCUUGUUGGAGCAAAUAGUUUUGUAUGGUUCUUCCUUCUAACUCUAUGUAGAUCUUUUUAUCUAACUCUAGAUAGAUCCAGGGCAUCACUUUCAGGAUAAGAACUUUAUGUCAAAUAAAAAUUUCUACUAGAGGGUUGCUGGAGAAGACACAUUUCUCCAGGGGUCUGUGAUGCAUCUCUGCUAUGCCAAGAUACGAUGUGGGUCAGCUCUCAGGUAAAGGACUUGUAUUUUCCUAAGUGUUUUCUGCUUUGUAACUUCGACAGAACUUGAGCUAUGCAAGGAUGGAACGGGGAAAAGGAUGAAAAAAAAGUCACCGAAAUGGAUUUGACUGUAGUACUUAUAAUGUAAAUUCAUUGAAGCAGUGAAGAAGUGUUAACAGCUGGAAUUCACGCAAGGCCUAUCCCUGUUAAAAAUUCUCUCAGAAAGCAGUUGAUGCCAACAAAUGAGAAAAGAAACGUUAUUUAUUUUAACACAGUUACUGUUGUUUGAAGUUCAUUUUAUUGUUGUGUUUUAUAGGUGAGAUUUGUUUACAGAUUAAGGGAUAAUGUCAUUGAACUCCAUCUUGACAGAAACCAAGUAACUCCAAAACAGGCUAGAGCAAUAAAUAUCAAACCAUUCAAUCUAAAAUGUAUAAAUAUAAAAGUCAUUUCUGAAAAUGUAGGAAAAAAGUAAUUUUUCUGUUUUGGCCAUUUGUGUAGUAACGUCACUACCGUCCAUCUGUAUCACCUCAGGUCCAGCACAAUUAUCUUUACGUCUUUCCCGACCACAUGGGUACAUGG